AGAAUCACGAUCAUCAUCUAUAUAGGUGGAGUGUAUGUAUGGAAGCUCGGCGAACGCAAGCCGCGUUUGAAUUUUGCUGCCUUUGUUAAGUUCUGUAUCCUUCAAACGAACAAGGAAAAUGCCGGACGAAUUCAGUGUCAAGCUGUGUAAUCUUGUGCAGAUGCACCCUGAGCUGUACGACAUAUACAAUGAAAGUUUUCGCGACGAAGAGGCCAAGAAGAACGCUUGGCAAGAGAUCGCCCGGGACCUAGGAGUAGCGCAGUCCAAGUGCGUGAUCAAGUGGAAGUCCCUGAAGCAUCAGUACGUGAAGGCGAAGAAGGAAGAGAAUACAGCGUGGGAUCUGUGGCCUUAUCUUCAGUUUCUCGACGAAACGGCUGCAGCUAAAAGCGGUCCAAAGAAGCGUAAGCGUGAGAGCACAGCGACACCGAUGAGGAUGGAGACUCCCGUUUUGACAGACGUCGAUAUGCCCAGUGCUGAUAGCACAGGCAUGGAAAAUGUGGAAAUAAAAGCAGCGACCAGGAAUACUCGUUCAGCACGGAUUUCUUCAAUCCACAAGGAGACUGUGGUCAUGCCUAUGAAGAGCACAUUUGCCAGUACUGAAACUGGCACGCCACUGCAGCCUGUGGCAACUGCUUCAAGAGCAAACCCUGAAAAGAAAGAAACAAAGCGAGGUACAACGAGGACUGCUCAUGCAAAAAGAAGUGAUGUAACCGUGACAAAGGUCUCGGAGCAGAGCUUUCUCUCACAGAUACCAUUCUUGUAUUGGAGGGCAUCAUCAGUUAACGACACUGCUGGUGAAAUGGACUUCAGUGAGACUGGCACGCCGCUGCAGGAUACGGCACCAGCACCUGUGAUGCCUGAGCCAAGCAACAAGUUGUCCGAGCCUGUGCAACCUACACCAACCAGAGGUUCGACUCGCAGACAGAGUGCACGGGUCUACUUGGUUCCCAUCGAUGCGGACGUGGCCUCUACGACACGUCAAGCAAAUGGCACUUCAUCUGGCACUCCACUCAAGACUGCGGCAGUCCAUUCACGUAGUGCAGCCACAGCGUCAAGUACAGCGCCAACCAUGCAGCCAGAAGUUGUCCUGUCGCGAAUCCCCGUGCCGUCUUACAGGGUUACCCAUGAUGAAAAGCCUGCAGUGGAGCCUACAGCAAAUGCACAGGAAGCUGCAGUGUCGGAAGCAGCCAGCCGCAAGGGAAGCCCGAGAAAGGCGGCUGCAGCAUCACCAGCCCCUUCUAAGGCUAGAGUGAGCAGCACCCCUCGGGGAAGACGAAGUGCGAGGCCUGCACCUGCUGAAACGAUUCCAGAAGAGCAGGAGGACAACGUGCAAGUUGAACCACCUCAGCCUAAACGUCAAAGAAUGGAAGGGAACGGGAUUGCGGCCAGUGAACAGCCAGAUGCACUUGCAGACGUGAAGUUUGAAAAUACACUGGACCAGAAGUUCUUCAAGCAGCUGAAAGAAAAGUUUGAUAAGCUCAGGCCCGAAGUUGCAUCAACCAUAAAAGCCAGCAUCUUCAGAAUGCUCGACGAAGCAGCAGAUAAUUGAAAUACUUGACUUUCUCCAGUUUCUGUGUAGCUUUUUAUUUUUUUUUUACCUUGAGGCUCAUAAGAGUAUUUUAACUGUAUAAAGCAAGUCGCUUUCUUACACCGAGCAGAAUUGAUGUGGAGCCAGAAAAAAACACUUUGUUUGGCAACGCGCUGACACAUAUUUAGUGCAAGUUGUAUUGAUUUCUUUUUGUUCGGCAUACAUUGCAAUGUUUCUUUUUUCCUUUUUCUUUUUUUAUUUUUUGGCAUUCUUUUAGACACUGGAAUUUUAUAUUGUUUUAGAAUCUCAGGUUCACAGAUGAGACAUAUUUUUAGAGUAGCAGAAGAGCCAAGUGCCUUUUGUAACAUCUUGUUUAAUAAAAAAAAACUUUCAGGAACAGUUUUA